AGUCACCCCUUCGGAGUGCCUCUGGAUAAUGUUCAUCUGGCCAAGAAAUCGGCCCGUUUGCUCGCUGGUCUCCCAGUCAAUGGAUUGCGCUACCCACCCAACUCCGCAUGGGUCGAGUGGGCUCGCGCUAACAAUUGUCUGCCCAGUGAAGAGGAGGAAGAGGAGGGGGAGACCGAGUUGUUGGAAGAGGCAGAAAUGGAAGCUAGUGGCAACGAUAAGCCGGAUUUCAAAGGUGAUGAAGAAAUGGACGAAUUUGAUGAAACUGUGGCAUCAGUGAAUGAGAAGUUCGCUAUUGCAAAUUCACACGCAUCCUUGAACACCGAGUCAGAUACCGUCCCAUCCUUUGCAAAAGUUCGUCACUUAUUUGACCCUGACGAAACUUUUUCCUGGAUUUCUUUUGGGAAUUUCUGGACACCGCUCAAAAUCCAAUCACAACGUAUUCUCGUUUGGGAUCCCAUCAAUAGCAGCCAAGUGAACAACUUCACAGUCUUCUACUAUCUUGAAUUUUUGGGGACCGAGCAUCAUGCACGUGACUUGGGUUCAAAGUAUGAUAAUCUCUUCAUUGGAGAUGUUUUACGGGAAUGUCAAUCACACCCGCAAUCAAGGCAAACAUCCAGCAGUUGUCCAUGGUAUGCAACUGAACGGUUCUCAAAAUACUCCUAUGAUAGCUACAGCUCGUCUAUGAGUCUUGGAAACAUUUUUGAAGUUGAAGAAACGGUCAUGCAUGAUUUAACCAAGGACUUUUGCCCAUGGUCAGCUUUGGACGGCAGAGGCGUAAAUGCUUUGUUCGAUGGCUUGUUUUUCGAGGACAACCGCACUAGAGGAAAUUUUACAUGUUUUUUGGAUGAGAAAGGGGACGGCGAUAGUUGGAGUGAGGGCAUCGGACGUCUCUUCGACAUUCGUUCGUUGAGUUGCGAAGAGGUUGUCAGGGGAUCAGAAGAAUUAUCAGGAACGACUUAUCAAAGAAGUUUCUCCAGUCUUGUCGACAACUCCCUUGUGGAAAGUGAAGUCUCACUUUCAGAAGAUCAAAAUGUCUAUGCCAUUGAGACAGAUAAUGAAGGUGAAGUUGCGCCUUCUUCCGCCUCUUCGGCAACCUACAAAAGCGCUAGGAUGCUCUACACCUCAAUAACGGAAUGCCCAUAUUGCCGACCUGAAGUUUGGAACUCAACCAGAUCUAUAGACGUAUACAUUGGCCCAACGUGGAAGUGGAUUCCUCGUCUGACCCGAUGGCCUUUUCGGUUUGCUCCACAGCAAAAUGUUGACCUCUCAAUGAACGGCAUUCAAAUUCCGCCGUGGCGAGCCAGUUCAGGUCGAAUGAUGUUAGAUAUCUGCCGCUUUUGCGCAAAGAAUCAGGACAUCAGUAACCUCGUUCUUCUAGAUCCCAUGGCUCUGUCGCCGCUGUCACCUCUGCUCAAUCUGAUGCGGUACCAUGUCGUGGUGGGACCUCAGCUCACUGGCGUUCUCUGGAUGACUCCACUCGAUGCUCUCUCGCCCUUUUACCGAGUCCCCAUCCCUCCUGAGGAACAACAAAAGGACGGUGGGGACGGAGAUUGUAAAGGAAACCCCACUUAUCCUACACCUAUCUGUCUCCGCUUUCUUGCCAUCACUGCCCUGCUCACUAAUUGGGUGGCAUGGUUUUCGAGGAUAGAGAGCUAUGCUGUCCUCGGUAUGUCACGACUUCGGUCCCUCCCAAUCAGUAUUCCAAUAGCAGUGCGAAUGGUGCAGCCUCUUAGUUUGGGCUGCGGUCAGGCUCCUCUCCUGGACCUGUGGCCCAUGUGGCUGCUCCGCCGUCUUUUCACCCUUUCCCUCAGACUUUCCCAACUCCGAAUCCCAUUCCUUCAUUGUAAACGGCCGAGUCUGCGACACUUCUACCCCUUUUCUGACCUUGACGAAAUUUAA